AUGAGUCAAGCCAUUGACGAAGAACCGACUCAAAAUAAUGAACAUUUCAUACCAAAUGAAGAGGUAGGCGAGAAUAGUGAGGAUGAUCUUGAGGAGGUUCGAUUUGAAGAUCUAUUUGGUGUUAGUGAUGACGAUGGCAAUGAAGGCAUCUUCGACAUACCGACCGUUGCACUAAGAGCGCAACCAAUUAGUUUGUACAACCCACAUGUGCACAUGCAAAACAUAAGUUUGGAUGAUGCUGAACCAAUCUCCGUUUUCGGAAGUUUCAUACCAACUCACAAUGCUGACGAAAUAGAGGAGGACAUCGAGUAUGAAAAUAAGGAAGAGUGUGUUCUGGCGUUGCAACAAUGGCAUAUAAAACGUAGUCUAAAUUUUUCUGUGGUUAGAUCUGACAAUGUACGUUUUGUCAUCAAAUGUAGAAAUUCAACAUGCAAUUUCAAAUGCAGGGUCUCUUUGCGUGAGGGCAACUCAAGGUGGAGAGUUGGUAAGUUUGGUGGGCCUCAUACGUGCACAACCACUUCCAUGUCACAAGACCAUACAAAACUCAGUUCGGAAAUGAUUAGUAAGAGCAUAAUGGAGCUUGUAAAUCGGGACGCUUCCAUUAAGGUGAAGGUUAUCAUCGCUCAUGUUGCUGAGAAAUACAGGUAUAACAUAUCCUACAAAAAGGCAUGGAUUGCAAAGUGUAAGACAAUUGAGUCGUUGUAUGGAAAUUGGGAGACAUCUUACAGCGAUCUGCCGCAGUGGAUACUAGUAAUGAAAACAUAUCUACCAGGUACCAUUAUAGAAUUGCAAUCCUUACCUGUGAUUUCAAAUGAUGGUUCACACUUGGGUGACCAAAGGAUAUUUCAUCGUCUGUUUUGGGCGUUUCGACCAUGUAUACGUGGUUUCGCAUAUUGUAAACCUAUUGUGCAGGUUGAUGGAACAUGA